GCCGUGAUAGCCCUCUAGGUUUGGAUACUUGGCUUUCCGGCCCAGCUUCCUCACGCCUGCGUCGUCCCGGCAAAUCCAGUACAAUCAUGAUAAUCGAAGCUCCUCAAACGGAGCAGUGCUUUAGAGAGCAUGGCUGGUUGUACCAAGAGUCCCUGAAAGGCAGAUACCCAUUCCCAGCAGAUCAAGUGCGUAAACCAACGGUUUGUAGACAGGUGAGUAAUAUCACCAGG